AUGCAAUCACAGAGACUCGCACUGCCUCCUGAACCUGAUGUUGGUCCUUCAGUUGCUCGUGUCAGCACAAAGGAGAGUUGUGUUGAUCCCUCAAGAAACGAUCUAGACACCGUUAAGGUUGGUGUUGAGGAGAUUAGAGAUAUAGAUGCUCCCAUUCCUGUACUCACUAAAGAGGUUAAGGUCAUGGGACAGGCUCUUAACACAUUCCUUGCUUGGCCGACACAUCUAGUCAAGCGUUUAUCAGAACAGGGAGCUGUGAGACCCGCGAAACCUGCAGAUAGGCCGGAUGAUGAGGUCGAUGAUCCGCUAUAUCUAAUGACAUUGACCAUUCCACAGCUUUUUCUGAAGCCAUUGCAGGUUAUGUGGGAUGCUACCUUGUUUGGCCUGUUUAAUGAAAACUUUCCUUUGUACAUAAAGUAUGAAGAUCUGUCUGAAAUUGCACAUGGUGGUCAAUGUCUCAGCAUAUCUGUUAUACAGUUGUGGAUUCUGCAUAUGACUGAGACAAGUAUGCGAGCUGGGAAUAUCGAUGUGUAUGGAUUCCUCGAGCCACAGUCUAUCUAG